GCUUAACCACACUGCGAGUAUUUCUAGACUGUUCCCAAGCAAGGCCCCUCGCCGAUCGUUGCAGAUCAUCUCUCCCUAUCUGAAAUAUGGCUGAAGCUGCUGCACCUGUUGUUGCAAGUGAUGAGUUGUUGGAGUGGGCAAAGAAGGAUAAACGCAGGUUUCUCCAUGUUGUGUAUCGUGUCGGUGACCUUGAUCGCACCAUCAAGUUUUACACGGAGUGUUUUGGGAUGAAGUUAUUGAGAAAGAGAGACGUUCCUGAGGAGAAAUAUGCAAAUGCUUUUCUUGGGUUUGGCUCUGAAGAUUCUCACUUUGUUGUGGAAUUGACAUACAAUUAUGGAGUUGACAAGUAUGAUAUCGGGACGGGCUUUGGACACUUUGCUAUUGCAACUCAAGAUGUAUACAAAUUGGUUGAAGACAUCAAGUCUAAGGGUGGAACUAUCACUCGCGAACCUGGUCCUGUCAAAGGUGGAUCAACUGUUAUUGCUUUCGCGAAAGAUCCAGAUGGCUACCUCUUUGAGCUUAUUCAGCGAGGUUCUACUCCAGAACCACUCUGUCAAGUAAUGCUCCGUGUGGGUGACCUGGAACGCUCUAUCAAGUUCUAUGAAAAGGCUUUGGGAAUGCAACUUCUGAAGAAAACUGAUAGGCCAGAACAGAAGUAUACCAUAGCGAUGAUGGGAUAUGCUCCAGAAUAUGAGACUACAGUUCUGGAAUUGACUUACAAUUACGGCGUUACUGAAUACACCAAAGGAAAUGCCUAUGCACAGGUUGCCAUAAGCACAGAUGAUGUGUACAAAAGUGCAGAGGUUGUUAACCUUGUGACUCAAGAGCUUGGCGGGAAGAUCACUCGACAACCUGGUCCCAUUCCAGGGAUCAAUACCAAAAUCACUUCUUUCCUUGACCCCGAUGGUUGGAAGACGGUUCUGGUUGACAAUGAGGAUUUUCUGAAGGAGCUGCAUUAAUAAUUCUCUUCAGCAGUCUCAUAGUACGAAUCUCUUCUUCUUAAUCACAAUAAAAGAGCAUAUAUGAGUCACUUUUCUGCUCUUGUACUGCAAUAUUCUCUGUAUGUAAUUUACAAGACAUAAUAUUUGAGCUUUUUAAAGUUCUCUGUGUAAUACUAUAAUACCCCCCUAUACUAAAUCUUAGAGUGCAAACACAUACUACCCCUAUCUCAAAAUAUUCCUUUAUUCAAAGAACUUUGAUUAGCAAUCAAAUAAAAAUUACAAUGCAUAUUACUACCAAAAUGAAUCUAUUAGAUUUAC